AUGGAGGACGUUCGUAGUCUGAGUAUUAUAGGCCAGCGUACUUUCGACAAGGAUUCCUUUGGUUAUGAUCGCUUAGGCGAGAUUGCCCAGGUUGCUGAGCGGGCGUUAUCCGUCAAUGCAACAAAUGUUGUACGUCACGAUCUCGAGAGGCAGGUUGAGGUUAAUGACAUUUUGAGUCAAGAACUUGGUCUUGUAGACCUGACCCAGCAAUAUCCACCUUCCAGACCUUCAAGGCGUUCGCGCAGGUCUCAGCUCUCCACAGCAUUCAUCCCAUCAGUCUUCACAUCAUUCAUCCCAUCAGUCUCCACAUCAUUCUUCGCCGACCCAACAGACGGUUAUCAGCGCCAUGAGGAGCAGGGAUCGAGUCAGACUCUAGGGACUCCACCGUUGGCUGUGAGUAAAGGCCAGAGAGUGACAAAGGAGCCGGAUAGAUUGACUUAUAGCCAUUUUCGGGCUAAAAAGCCCAAGAAGAAGUAG